GUUUACGCCCCACUUUUCUUCCUUUUAGCACCCCGAGACUCUCACUCAAUUCACUCGGUAGUAGAAGGAGCCGCGCAGUGGCAGAGGAGGAAGAACGGAUCUCACAUAAGGGGUAAAAUCAAUCAAUGGCGAUGGCUUUUCUAAAGAAAACUAGUAAUCUUCUUCAUCAUCAUCACCCAAUUGGUUCACUUGUUGCUGCUAGGAAGAUUGGAAUUCCAUCUUCAAUACGUUUCCUCAAUGAUCGCAGCAACACUCGAUUGCCUAAUUUCGUUGAAGAAAAUGAUGUUAUUGAUAGAACAUCAUCUUCUCUCUCUGAUUCCUUCUCUCGUCUCCGUCGUGAUUCCUCUCCUAAUCUAGGUUUAUCAGAUGUUUUUGGUCAAUCUUCUUCGCCGUCCAGAGGUCCUAGGAUGGAUAAUAAAUUUCAAUUUACAAACCCACCUAGAGGACGAACUGGAUUCACUGGAUUAAAAAGAGUUGAUGCAACAGAAGAUGACGAUGGUAGAAAUAUCAAGGCGAAUACAGUUGUAGUAAGAGUCAAAGGGUUUACUAAUUUCAGGAAAAAGAAAGAAGCUGUCUUGCGAUUGAGAGAAGCAUUAGGACCCAAAUAUCAAAUUAUAAACGUACAGGAUGUCACCAACCUUCCACAUAACGGAUGCCGACUCCCCAAGAAACGUCGAAAGUAGAACAUGAGAAUGAAUUUCAGGUUUAUAUAGAGUGGCUCAUCUCUCGAGGAGCCAACAAUUCACUUCUUUCAAAACUGACGAGAUGGCGGUUGCUGAUGCUGCAGGCUUUACAGGACCAAUAACUAAUCAGUCUACCUCUUCAGUUUAAAAUACUGCAGCAAUUACAUUAUGUGUUACGUUUUUAAGUUGUUUUUUUUUUUUUUUUUUUUUGAAGCAUUUUAAGCUGUGUUUUAGAUAGCUGAUAGUUGUUAAUUCACCAGAAAUGGUUAUAAAUGAGAUUGAAAUCAACAGUUAUACUUUUUUGAAGAUGAUAAACAUGAUCUGGUAAUGUUCAAUGAAUGGUAUUUUGCUGCUA